UCUUUACCCACAUUUUAUUUUCCCUUAUUUUUCUAUCAACGACAACUCAUCUCUGUCUCAUCUCCUUCGUUCACCAAUCUUUCUUUCAAAAUCUCGUAUCUAAUACACUUUGAUCUUCAUAGUUCCAUCAUUUUCUCUGAUUAACGGAAUUGAUGCACUUGCUGUAAAGCGGAUAUGAAACGGCGUAGAAAGGGUGGCAGAGGCGGUGGUGGUAGGAGUAGAAUUGCGAAGGAAGAUGAGGGUGAAAUUGCGGAUAUUUUGCUCAAUCUACCGGACGUAGUUGAGCAAUCGGAGUUGAUAAGUAAAUCCACUUUUACCUGGGAUCGGAAGAAGAAAAGAUCUGUGAUGGCUUCGAUAUCGAAAGCGUCACCGGAGGAAGUAAGGGCGGUGGAAGAUGAUGAUGAAGGGCCUUCAACGACGCUUUGUUUAUUACGCAGUGGUACUGGAAACGACGGUGCUUCUGAGAGCCCUAAACAACAGUCAUCUUCGAAGAAAUUAUCAAAGAGAAAGGCAACAGAUGAUUUGAUUCAGAGAUACAAUGAAAUGCAAAAAGAAAUCAUGGCAAGGAGGAAAAUAGAAGCCAUGGAUAGUAGAAAAAUAAGAACGAUGAAACGUCAGAAAAUAAGAGCCACGGAUACCCUACAUGAAAAACGUAGAGCUCAAAAUCUGCAGUUAGAAGCAAAAAGACUGGUGUUGAAAGCAAAAAAACCAGCUAAAAAUCUGGGGUUGGAUGCAAAAAUACUGGAGGUGAAAACAAAAAGACAAAAGAUAGAAAAGAGAAAAAUGGAUGCCCCUCCACCACCACCACCACCACCACCAUCCCCACCAGCAAAAAGACAGGAGUUGAAAGCAAAAAAACAAGGUCAAAGUCUAGGAUUGGAUGCAAAAAUACUGGAAGUGAAAGCAAAAAGACAGGAGAUAGAAAAGAGAAAAAUGGAUGCCCCUCCACCUCCACCACCACCACCACCACCACCAUCCCCACCAGCAAAAAGAGUGGACUUGAAAGCAAAAAAACGAGCUCAAAAUCUGGGAUUGGAUGCAAAAAUACUGGAGGUGAAAUCUAAAAGACAAGAGGUAGAGAAGAGAAAAAUGGAUGCCCCUCCACCACCACCCCCACCCCCACCACCAUCUCCAACAGCAAAACGAUUAGAGUUGAAAGCAAACAAACGAGGUCAAAAUUUGGGGUUAGAUGCAAAAAUAUUGGAGGUGAAAGCAAAAAGACAAGAGAUAGAAAAGAGAAAAAUGGAUGCCCCUCCACCUCCACCUCCACCUCCACCACCACCACCCCCACCCCCACCACCCCCACCAGCAGCAGCAGCAGCAGCAAAAGGACUGGAGUUGAAAGCAAAAAAACGAGGUCAAAGUCUGGGGUUGGAUGCAAAAAUACUUGAAGUGAAAGCAAAAAGACAAGAGAUAGAAAAGAGAAAGAUGGAUGCCCCUCCACCACCACCACCACCACCACCACCCCCUCCACCACCACCCCCACCAACAAAAAAACAGGAGUUGAAAGCAAAAGUACUUAAGGCGAAAGCAAAAAGACAAGAGGUCAUUCCACCACCACCACCACCAUCUAUGCGACCACCACGACCACGUCCACCACCACCACCAUCUACGCGACCACCUCGUCCACCACCACCACCACCACCACAACAACAACAACAAUCACAACAGCAUUUUCAAAAAUUUUGGGUAAAUCCCAACAAUGGCAAAGUGGUGGCAAUCACUUGCUCCAGUAAUGGUAACAUUGUUGGUAGAUCUGGUUCUGCUAAUGUUGUUGAUCCACUUGUCCAUGUUCACUAUGUAAAAACUCGUGAUCAACAACAUAUCACCAGGCCUGCCCCUCCACCACCACCACCACCACCACCACCACCAUCAUCAUCCAUGGCAGGUUCCAAGAACAGCAAAAUGUUGGCGGUGACACAGUCCACUAUGAGUAACCUUGGUGGUAAUGGUAGAUCUAGUUUUGUGAAUAUGGUUGAUCCACGUGGCAAGAUUCAUUUUGUAAAAGUCAAUCGCUAUCAUCAACAAAUUACCAACUCUGCCCCUCCACCACCACAACAACAAUUACAGCAGCCUUGUCAACACUCUACACUAGAUCCCAACAAUGGCAAAGCAGUGGCAGCGACUCACUCCAGUAACAGUGGUGGUGGUGGUGUUGGUGAUCCAGCUGGCAACAUUAAUUCUGUAAAACCAAAUCGUUAUCAACUACAAUAUCAUCGGAAAAGAUUCAAGUUUGCCCCUCCACCACCGCCACCACCACCACCAGUAGAUCCCAACAAUGACAAAGCGGAGGCACCGACUUGUGCGUGUAACAGAAGUACCAGCUCUGCCCCUCCACGGCCGCCACCAGCACCACCACAAUCUAUGGAACAGCCCAACUAUUUAUUGUACAUCCCAACCUGGUACGCCCCGGUAGAGGCGAGGCCUUGGUCUGCCCCUCCACCACCACCAACACCACUGCCACCGCCAGUACAGAAGAAUCGUAAACAAUCUAUGCUGCAUCCCAACAAAGGCAAAGGCGAAGUGGUGCAACUGACUAACAAAAAUACAAGGCCCGCCCCUCCACCACCACAACUACCAACACUAGUGCCACUGCCAUGGCUACUACCAGAAAAGAAGAAGCGUAAACAAUCUAUGCUGCAUCCCAAUAAAGGCAAAGGCAAAGGCAAAGGCAAAGUGGUGCAACUGACUCGCUCCAAUAAAAAAAUUACAAGGCCUGCCUCUCCACCACCACAACCACCAACAAUAGUGCCACUGCCAUGGCUAGAACCAGAAAAGAAGAAUCGUAAACAAUCUAUGCUGCAUCCCAACAAAGGCUCCAGUUACAGAAUUAUAAGGCCUUCCCCACCUCCAUCAACAUCUUUACCCCCACACCCAACACCACCAUCAAAAUCUUUACCCACACACCCAACACCACCACAACCAUCAUCAUCACCGCCACCGCCAUCAAAAUCUUUAUUCCCACCCCCACCCCUACCCCUACCCCUACCACCACCAUCAACAUCUUUACCCAAACACCCAACACUACCAUCAAAAUCUUUACCCCCACACCCAACACCACCACCACCACCACCGCCGCCGCCAUCAACAUCUUUACCCCGACUCCCACCACCGCCACCAUCAACAUCUUUACCCCCACUCCCACCACCGCCGCCAUCAACAUCUUUACUCCCACUCCCACCACCACCGCUGCUAUCAACAUCUUUACUCCCACCCCCACCACCACCACCGCCGCCAUCAACCUCUUUACCCCCACUCCCACCCCCAUCACCACUAUCAACAUCUUUACUCCCACCACCACCGCCACCAUCAACAUCUUUACCCCCACUCCCACCCCCAUCACCACCAUCAACAUCUUUACCCUCACCACCACCACAGCCGCUGCCAUCAACAUCUUUAUUCCCACUCCCACCUUCACUUCCACCCCCACCAUCAUCAUCAUGCCCACCAUCAAAAUCUUUACCCCCACCACUGCCACCAUCAUUGUCACCACAACCACCACUACAACCAUCACUACAGCCAUCACAGCAGCACUGUCAAAAAUCUAUGGUACAACCCAAAAAAGGGAAAGUGUUCCCUAGCACCAGUAGGAGAUUUACCAUGUUGCAAUUUUUACCCCACCACAACAGCCCUCCACCACCACCUCCACACCCAGCAGCAGCACCACCACCAUCAAAAUCUUUACCCCCACCACUGCCACCAUCAUUGUCACCACAAUCACCACUACAACCAUUACUACAGCCAUCACAGCAGCACUCUCAAAUAUCUAUGGUACAACCCAAACAAAGAUAUAGGAGAAUUAUUCCCAAGCCGCCCUAUCCACCACCACCACCACCACCACCACAGCAGCACAGUCAAAAAUCUAUGGUAGAACCCAAAAAAGGAAAAGUGCUCACUCGCACCAGUAGGAGAAUUACCAUGUUGAAGUUUUUACCCCACCACGGCCCUCCACAAACACCAUCAACAUCAAAAUCUUUACCCCCAGCACCAGCACCAGCACCAGCACCAUCAAAAUCUUUACCCCCACCAGCACCAGCACCAGCACCACCACCACCACCACCACCACCACCACCACCACCACCACCAUCAUCAUCACCUCCACCAGUAGCAGCACCAUCAUCACCUCCACCAGCAGCAGCAGCACCAUCAUCACCUCCAGCAGCAGCAGCAGCAGCACCUUCAUCAUCACAGCAGCAUUGUGAAAAGUCUAUGGCAGAUCCCAAGAAAGGGAAUGUGGUGGGAGUGAGUUCCUCCAAUCAGAUGGAUCCACCUGGCAAAACUCAUGACAACCACAUUUGGUCUCAUGAUCCAAUCCUCAGAAGAGCAGCAGCAGCAGAUGCCAGAAGGUAUCGGAUUAUGAAGUUGAAAGAGAAAAACAAGGACAACAACAACAUCAACAUCUCCUACUUUUUCCAUAAUGAUCCAAGUCUCAGAAGAGCAGCAGCAGCAUGUGCUAGAAGGUAUCGCCUUAUGAAGUUGAAACAGAAAAACAAGGACAACAGUUCCUCCUCCUCUUUCCCUUCCCUUAAUCAUGCAAGACCCAAUGUGAAUGCAGCAGCACUUGCUAGAAGGUUUCGGAUUAUGAGGUUGAAACAGAAAAACAAGGACAAGAACAACUCCUCCUCCUCUCUCCCUAAUGAUCCAACAUCCAAUGUGGAUAUUCAUCCAACCCCCAUUAACCCAGCAGCACUUGCUAGAAAGAUGAGGCUUUUAAGAUUGAAAGAGAACGUCAUAAACAGGAACAAAAACAAAAUACCCCAAGUUUAUGGCAAUGAUGUAAUCUCCAGUAAAAAAAAGAGGAAAAACAAGUCUUUGUUGGCUCGCAAACUAGCAAAAGCAAAGAAGAAAAGGAGAAGGAGAAAGAAAGCAACGGAAGAAAAGCAACAAAUACCCUACGAUUUAAAACUGGAUGAUCUGGUCAUGUUAAAGGUGUCGCCUCUCAAAGGUGUAAUGAGAUUUCGAACCGGAGCCAAAUUGUCUCCUAACCACAUUGGGCCAUUCAAAGUCUUGAAAACCGUGGGCUCUCAAUUCUGUAAACUGGCUUUACCCGAGGAACUGAAAGGAAUACACGACACGUUUCAUGUAAGUUUUCUGAAAAAGUACGAUGGGAAAGAGUGUGGGGUCAUCCCAGUAUCGGACUUGAAAGUGGAAUCCUCCAACAAAAUAUUUGAAGACCCGGAAAGUGUUCUAGAAGCAAGGACAAAAAAGUUUGGGAACAAAGAUGUUGAACUUGUGCUUGUGAAAUGGAAGCAUACUCAUGGGAGAAGGCGGACUUGGGAGCCUAAGGAGGAGAUGAAGAUUAGAUACCCUGAUUUUGUAGACUACGACGCGCUUCCCAAGAGAGAAUCCACCGGAGAACCGGAACCGGAAACGGAAGCGGAAUCCUCUUCUUAACGCGUAUAGGUUGGUUGGUGGUUGCAACAUUUUUUUUUUCACUAAAAUUCAUUUUUGAUACCAAAAGGUAAAGUGUAAAUUUUAAAACUUGGUGUUAGCAAUUAUAUUGAAAGAAAUAUGCCUUGCUUAUUCUUGAGAUUACAAUGCCUUGAUAGAAAGAAAUGAAAGUAGGAUGCUACUAAUUAUUUGGCUGUUUGCAGUUAGAACAGAGGUAUUCGUAUUCCUUCCGUGAUCAACAAUAUAUCGGUUAGUUUCCUUUUAAAUCAUAAAUACUCAAACAAUGAUAUUGAUAAUCAUUGACCAGAAGCUCCAAAAUUGUCAAAUAAAUGAGUUUAGGGACUGAAACUGUCAAAAUGGGGACAAAAUAUGAAAAUAUUUAAAAUAUCAAUAUGACAAACUCGCGUGGCAAAAGUCUAAACCAUUAAAAACUUUAAGGGACCAAAUUGCCAAUAUGACAAACUCUUGUGGCAAAAAUCUUUACCAUUGAAAAUAUGUAAAGUUGUGGACCAAAUUUGCCAAAACCCAAACAAGUUUACUGUUCCUAAGCUUGGCCUUCUUUAAUAUAUAUAUAUAUAUAUAUAUAUAUAUAUAUAUAUAUAUAUAUAUAUAUAUAUAUAUAUAUAUAUAAGAAAGCAUUGUGCUUUUAGUCGCACAAUGUACACUCAAAUGUUUGCAAGAAAUAGCAAGAUGAAUUUACUUUUGUAUAUUAUUGCAUUCUACCUCUAUAUGAUUUUUUUUUUUUCGUUUAAAGCAUUGUACUUUAAAUUUUUUAAUCCACAAAAUUAUAGUAUCGUACUUUCAACUUGUAUCUUAAUUUGGAUUCUGAAUUCCGAGCAUUCAGUAGGUUUAUGUUUAUGGAUAUGUAAUUUAUUCUUAUGUUGCUGUAAGAGGCUUUUGAGGAAUUUAUUGAUUGGAGUUGUUUCAUGUGUACUUAUAACUUUGCAUAUGUAGGUUCCAAGUCAGAUGAGGAAGGGUCAUUGAGGAGACAUUUCCUCAUUAGCUCAAUAUUUUUACUUUUUUUAGCAUAGCACGCUAGGCUAGGCUACGCUUGUAUAGAUAGAUAAUCCAUCGAUACAAGUAGCUCAUUUGAUUACGCUCAUAUGCAAAAUAUACUGGUCUUUCAUUUAUAUAACAUCAUCUAUAGUGGCUAGCAAUUUUUAAAUUA